AUGACACUCGGGCCUAAACCGUACUACUGGCCCAACUCUAAAGAUGGAACAGUGUCUUAUGGAAAUAGUCCGCCUAUCGCAACUCGAACUGGAUGGAUGGCGUUGGGAUUGCUGCCUUUUGUGCUGGCUCUCGGUGCCAAAGCCAAUCUUAUAUCAGCAUUGACUGGAGUGUCUCAUGAAAAGCUUCAGGUCUACCACUAUUGGACCAGUUAUGCCAUGUUUGUCCUGGCUUUAAUACAUACCUUUCCGUUCAUAGUCUUCAAUAUCUGGAAAGGGCAGAUGGUCGAGAAAUGGAACACCAGCGUGGUCUACUGGACGGGAGUUGCGGCCUUAAUUCCACAGGCGUAUCUCACAUUCAUGUCCUUGCCAUCUAUUCGAAACCGGUAUUAUGAAUUUUUCAAGGCAACACACUUCCUAGUUGCACUGCUCUUCCUUCUCUUUUUCUUCCUUCACUGUGAUUUCCGCCUUACUUCUUGGGACUAUUUUGUUGCCGGAGGCGCAAUAUAUCUCUUCAGUCUUUUUGCAGCAUGGACCCGCACGCAUCUCAUCAACGGCCGUCACUCAGCUACAAUUGACCUCCUCCCUUGCGGCUUUGUACGCAUCAGAAUCCCGACAAUUAUGUCCUGGAGGCCAGGCCAGCACGUCUUCAUUCGAUUCGUAAACCCACAGCUAGGCUUGCACUGCCUAACAGCGCACCCGUUCACCAUCUGCUCUCUAUCGCAUGAUCCGGACAAGGUCGGCAAGGCAUCUGAGAUCGUGUUCUACAUCAAGCCCCACCACGGCAUCACGGCACGCCUGGCAAAGAUAGCCGCUAAAAGCCCCGUAUUCUCCCAGACCGUGUUUUUAGAAGGGCCUUAUGGCGGGAUAUCUGAUACUGCUGCUCCCGCCGAAUUCGAUACUGUUCUUGUCAUCGCGGGUGGCUCCGGCGGUGGGUUUUCUCUAGCUAUCGUCGAAGAAGCUCUUAGAGUGUAUGGGAAUAUACCCGAUCUCCAACAACGAGAUAUCCAAGUCGUUUUCGCCACACGGAAUACCGACGUAGCCAAGUGGUACAGGGAGGAGAUUGAGGAUAGGGUCUCCAUGUACGACAUACCAGCCAAAAGAAUAUCUGUAUCCAUUCAUGACACCUCUUUGGAGCAUGGCCAAACACCAGUGUCUGCACCAGGAGCCAAAGAGCCAUCCAACGACAUCAUCGAUGAGGUUGAGCCUGCCUUGUCGGAGAAAGAAAGUGAUGCUGCAGCAACAGACCAGCACGUGAGCACAGUUCUACAUGGUCCUCGGCCUAAUCUCCCUCAGAUAAUCAAUACAGCUACGUCAACAAUAAGUGGCCACAGGAUCGCUAUCUUCGCGUGCGGUCCUGCAUCCAUGCUACAUGACGUUCGGAAUGCGGCUGCUGAGGCGCAAAAGCGGGCGUUGAGAGGCGGCGCUGAGGUCUAUUUGCAUACUGAACCCUUUUCAUGA